UAUUUUUGUAUUUUCUGUUAAAGUUUGUUGCGAUUUUUUAUUAACUUAAUUUUUACAUGACCCCCACUUACUAGUAACCAAAUUAGGCAUAAAGCCGUGGUAUGCUUCAACAUAAAACGCCGAAAAAGAAGCGAACAAGUGUAGAUAGUUUUUAUAAAGCAAGCUUAAAAUAUAAUUUGUUAUUGGGCUUAAGAAAAAUACUAAGUGGAUUCCGAACGGAAAAAUAACAUCUCAAUUCUGUGGGAGUGUAUGCAUUCGGUGAAAAUUGUAAGACAAGUUAAAAUAAAAGGAAAUACGAUAGCGCAGUAAAAAAAAUCUAUAACAGUAGUAACAUAACUAGUGAAGUAUUAUGACGUAGGACACUGAAAAUUAAUUGCAAACGUACCUUUAUCUAUAAGCGUUGUGAAACAAAAGACUGUAAAUACUUCAUCAAAGAAAGAGUUGAAUCACAAAGCGGCACGCCAUCACGUAUAGCAAAAUACGCUGGACAGGAGGACUCUUCAACCGCGGCAGCACCUUAACUACUUGCAUAUAUUUUGCCUACAUUUGCAUAUAUCUACAUGUGCAUACUUAUGAACAAAGCGGCCGUCGUAUACAUUUCCAAAAUUUAAGUAGAUUUCGCCACAACCAAUACAGCCGACUGACUGUUUGAACAUGUCCAAUCAAUCGGAAGUCGAUUACGAUAAACAAUUUCAGGAUGACUUGGCCAAAGCCACCGCUUUGAGUUUGGAGCAACAAGCGCUCGACGAUUAUCGUCGUGCUAAGAAGUAUGGCACUGCCGCACAUUAUUACAGCGAACGCGCAGAAACCCAAUCGCCUUCCUUUCAACCUACACAUUCCGUGCCGCAGCGACAGCAAUCUACCGAAUCGGCGAAGGCUUUCUACGCGCAAUUGCGCACGCGUUACCAGCAGUCGCGUGGCAAUUCAAAUGACAUUGGCACAUCAGCGGCGCCGCCAAUACCGCCCAGUCGUCGUCACUCGGAGGCCAAUAAUAAUGUGUCAUUGAAUGUGGCCGCUGUAACGGCGGUAUCACGAGAACGCUCCAAAACGCCACCAGCAACACUGCUCGAAAGUGAUCUCAUUUCAUUCUCCAGCCCCACCUCCAAAGAGGCGCAAUCCAAUACAUUUGAGAAAUUAAUUGAAGAUUUACAGAAGUUGCAAACAACGACGCCACAAACUGCUUUGGUGCCAUUCGGUCCCGUUGCAGCAGCGCCCAUUACACCAAUGCACGCUGCAGCGGGCUACCGGCAUGCUGGCACGCCUACACACAGCGCCGCACUUUUGCACCACUACACCGCGUCAGCAGGUGGGGCGGCUCCGGGUGCUGUUGCUGUUGGUGGCGCUGGUGCUGGCAACAGCAUGCAAUUGGUGCCUUUUACACCCACGCCGGCGCAGCAGAAAGUGCCGCUCACCAGCGAAGAGUUGCAGAAACUCUACAAUAUGCCGUUACAGCAGCAGCUGCAGCAAAAGCAGUAUUAUCAACAACAACAACAACAGCAGCAACAACAAUAUAUGGCAGCCAUUAUGCCGGCCGGUGUGGCAUAUGCACCAGCGCGUGCUGGUUAUGUGCCCACAGUGGGCGGUUUUGCUGCGCCAACGCAUGCCGCCAACUAUACGCAGAGCGCGCCAGCUACCGCCACCGCAGCAGCUGCUUCUACGCCACCGCAAUUUCCGCCAACGGUUUCACACUAUGGUUUUCAAUAUGGCGCGUUGCCCGGCAGCUCUACGCCCUACUACGGCGCACCACAUAUAACAGCUGCUGCAGCCGGCAAUGUCGCAGCCGCAGCGGCGUCUAUGCCGCUCAGCAAGUCGCAGUCAGCUGCGGCCGCAAUUUUAUCCAACGGCAGCGGUAGUGGUGCCGCUGGUUUACGCCGACAGACGCCGCCUGCGCGCAAACCGCCACGCACCGGCAGCGAUUUGAUUGACCUGAGUCAGGAGGAUGAUUCGCGCGUCAGCGUGCUGGAGGCGUUCGAUCCCUUGCUCAAUGCGGACGAAGAAGGUUGCGACGAUGACUCGGAUUGUACUUCCUACUAUGCGGAAUACGAUCCAUUUGAUUAUCUCUACAGUGGCGGCGGUACACAGUACUCGGAUCCCGUCUACGAGGCGGUCAAUAAGUUGGAAAAGAGCGCCGUAAGCCCAAAUGUCUCCUCCAUUGGUUGGCGCUCGGACUAUCUCAAUCGCGAUGAAGUGUUUAACAAUUUUUCACGUUCCCCCGCCACCUCCAGCCCUACACCUUCGCAAUCUAACGAUGCAACGCUAAGCGGUUCGCGUUCGCCACCACCGCCGUUGCCACCACGCAAUAGUGGCUCACGUUCACCACCAUUUCUGCCUGGUCUCUAUCCUACGCUCAAGCGCGACAAUAGCUUCGGCAGUAGCAGCAGUAUAGGUGUUAGCAAUGCAACUGCUGUUGCGCCGUCCACUUCUCACGCCACUGCCAACUCCUACGAGCGUCCGGGUGGCACGCUGGAUCGUCGAAAAACCACCAGCACGCGCUUAUACGAGGUGGUCACCGAACGUCGUACCGUUGAUCCGGAACUCUUGGAAUUCUAUUACAUGGUCAAGGAGUUGCGUAUGCGUUACUUGUAUAAUGAUAAGCAGACCAAUCCGGGUCACAUAAUUGCAUCGGAAUUCAAUUAUCAUUACCCCUUGGAGACGAGCAUUAAGAUUUUAGUGCAUCCCGCUUUGAAGGCUAUGCUGCCGGGCGCUGACUUGACGCGCACACAUGGCCAGGUGAAGGGCUAUGGCGUGCCCGUAGUGUUCACAUGUGAUAUUAAUACGGCUGUGGAAUUGGUCAUUGAUCAGGCGUUUUGCUCAUUGGAGGGCCAAAUAAGUGGCACGCCCAGUGAUUAUGUGGUGAAGCCGAUUGGUGUAUCGGAAUGGCUCUCGCCAACCUCGAAGCUUAGUCAAUUGGAAUGCGUGCAUAAUAGCUUGAAACUGGAACAGGAUGUACAGUUGGGUCUGUGCGUUAAGUCCGAUGAGAACAUGCAGGUCAUAGCGCGUACGCAACGUGAUGAUUUACGCGACGCUGAGUUACGUGCCGAUGAUAUUGUGCCCAAUGAAAUGGCAACCACGAUCAAUUACGAUGAUAUGAUGAUAUUGAUAGAAACCCUGGAAACCGAAAUAGAUAAGCUGGAGAGCGCCGACCCGAACUCGCGCCAAAUACUCUCCUGCUCGGGCGUUGUGCAGGCCGUCAAAGCCAUAUGCGCGCUGCUCGGCUCCAUUGACACACUCGAAAUCUCGGCUUGCAUUGCCGAUCUCAAACGCAUUUGCGAAGAGGGACAAGUGAAGUACGCCUCGCACUCCAGCGAUACAAAUCCGGAGAUUGUUAGCGAACGCGGCGAUUACGCGGAGGUGCGUUUAGUGCCGCGCCCCAUGCUGGAUCAAAUUAAAUUGAAAUGCAAUCAGCUGCGUGAUGCCGUGCAAGAGCUGAUUGAACUCUAUUCCAAUGUGUUUCGCGUGGGCUUCUCGGUGAAGUCGCUGGAUUACUCGACAACACCCAUGCCUAUUUCGUGCGUACUCAAACCGAUUGUGGUCAGCGUAAAUUGUUUGCAUCGUCCGCCGCCCGUUUGGCGUUACGACGACUACUCGUUGGGUGUACAAAUCAACUAUGGUACACGCUUUAUCUCCGAUCCCAUUGUCACAAAGUGUUCGAACGAUAUGAGCGGUGGUCUAUUUCCACGUCUCAACUUCUCCUCAUGGCUUACAUUUGAUAAGAAUGCGAUCUGUACGCUGCCCCGUGAGUCGCGUCUGAUAUUUGUGCUUUACGGCACACAAACGGCGGAGAAUGAACAAAACACUGAUGCAAAUGGUGAACGUCGACAAGUGCCCACGGAAUUAGGUUGGUGCGCCAUACAAUUGUUCGAUCAUAAGCGUGAAAUGAUUUGCGGCUCCUACUUGCUGUCGAUGUGGCCGCCCACCACCGAUAAGUUCCUGGGUCCGGCGCCGGCGCGUGGCUGCCAUCCACAACCGGAUCUAUGUCCGGUACUGAGCAUAGAAAUACCUCCUUAUGGUGGACGCAUAAUGUUCCCGGAACCCUUGCAGCAGCCGCAACCGGCGCCGCGUUGCGAUUUCAAUUCGUUAGAUGCGAACUUGCAACAAGAGCUGUUAGAUACUGCCGAACAGGGCUAUUCGGGCGCUAAGGAUAAGCGUGAGGUGUUCUGGGAGAAACGUUUGUAUUUGCAAAGUUUUCCCUACGCACUGCCGAAAGUUUUGCAUGCCGCGCAUAGUUGGGACUAUGCUAGUCUUAUGGAUCUGCACUCGCUGUUGCAUUUGUGGGCGCCGCUUUCACCCUUACAAGCGCUCGAAUUGUUGCUGCCGCGAUAUCCAGAUGCGAAGGUUCGUCAGAAGGCGGUGGAGUGGAUAUCACAGUUGCCCAACGAUCAGUUGGUGGAUUAUCUGCCACAAUUGUUGCAAGCGCUCAAGCAUGACACAUACGAGGCAUCCGAUAUGGCCAACUUCUUGCUCUGCAAGUGCUUGGAAUCACCGCGCAUUGCACAUCAUAUGUAUUGGUUACUAGUUCACAGUUUGCCGGGUGAUGAUCCGCAGAACUCAAUUGAUGCUUCGUCUGUAGCGAAUGAAUUCGACGACUCGCUGAUAACGCAAGCGCGCUACUACCGACGGAACAAGAUGAUGCUGCGCGCGCUGCUGGCGGUGUGCGGUGAGCGACUGUUGGCGCGUUUUCUCAGUCAGAAUAUAAUGUGCAAGAGUCUGGCAAGCCUUGCUGAUUCCGUGAAACAGGCUAAGGAAUCGCUACGCCAGAAAACUCUUUGUUUCGGUAUGGAAAGCGUGCAUCAGCAGCUGAAUGACAAACCCACAUCAUUGCCACUGGGUCCCGAAUUGGAAGUGACCGGUGUAAAUGUACGUAGUUGCAGUUAUUUCAACUCCAAUACGCUGCCAUUGAAAAUUUCCUACAUCAACUCUGAUGGUGAAGUAUUGCCGGCUAUUUUCAAGUCCGGUGAUGAUCUACAGCAGGAUAUGCUUACCAUACAACUCAUACGUGUGAUGAACAAAAUGUGGUUGGCCGAGGGUUUGGAUUUGAAAAUGGUCACUUUUAAUUGUGUACCAACAGGCUUUAAGAAGGGCAUGAUUGAGCUGGUCUCGGAUGCGGAAACCUUACGUAAAAUACAAGUCGAAUAUGGCUUAACAGGUUCGUUCAAGGAUCGUCCGAUUGCUGAAUGGUUGGCCAAACAGAAUCCUAGUCAGUUGGAGUAUCAACGUGCGGUGAAGAAUUUCACAGUUUCUUGCGCCGGCUAUAGCGUUGCCACUUAUAUACUCGGCAUCUGUGAUCGUCACAAUGACAAUAUUAUGUUAAAGACCUCGGGUCAUCUGUUUCAUAUAGAUUUCGGCAAGUUUCUGGGCGAUGCACAAAUGUUCGGCAAUUUCAAAAGAGACCGCACACCGUUCGUACUCACCUCAGACAUGGCAUAUGUGAUCAAUGGCGGCGACAAACCCUCCACGGACUUUCAUUAUUUCGUCGAUUUGUGUUGUCGUGCCUUCAAUAUCAUACGCAAACACGGUGAUCUCAUCCUACACAUGCUUGCUCUGAUGGCCACUGCCGGUAUACCGGGUGUGACAGCGGAUGCCGUGACUUAUGUGCGUGGCGCUCUACUGCCCGAGCAGUCGAAUCCCGAGGCGGCGGCUUCUUUUGCCAAAAUGAUACAAUUCUCGCUGAAGAGCUGGUUCACACAAUUCAAUUUCUUCUUGCACAAUUUGGCGCAAAUGCGCUUCAGCAAUGACGAGGGCAGCGGUGAGCUGCUCUCCUUCGUGCCGCGCAAAUACACCAUGCAACAAGAUGGGCGUCUGAGGAGCGUUAUGGUUGUGCGCUGUCAAAAACAUUAUGAUAUGGAAAAGUAUUACACGUAUAUUUUACGUGUGACGCGUCACGGUCAAACCGAUCCGACGCAUUUGUUCCGUUCAUAUAAGGAAUUCACGGAGUUUCAUCAGAAAUUAUGCCUGCACUUUCCGCUGGCUAAAUUGCACAGUUUACCAAGUGGCAUGCAUGUCGGUCGCUCAAAUGUGAAGACAGUCGCAGAGCGUCGCCUCCCACAAAUACAACGUUUUCUCAUCUCACUCUUCAAUUCAGCGGAUGAGAUUGCGCAUUCGGAUUUGGUGUAUACAUUCUUCCAUCCCUUGUUGCGCGAUCAGCAGGAGGCUAAGUUGACGGUGUCUAAAGUUAGAGAAGUCAAGCAGCAAACGCGUGAGAACCCCUAUGAAGUUGGUCAGAUAAAAUUAUCAUUACAAUAUCGCCGUGGUGUCUUAACAGUGAUGAUUCAUCACGCCAAAGGCCUGCCAAUGCUGCAAGGUGGUCAAGAGCCCAAUACCUAUGUCAAGUGCUAUCUCAAACCAGAUGCAACCAAAGUGACGAAACGUAAAACGAAAGUGGUGCGGAAGACCUGUGUGCCCAGUUUUAUGGAAACGCUCGAGUAUCGCAUGCCCUUGGAGCACAUACAAAACCGCUUUCUGCACGUGACCGUCUGGUCACAUGACACACUACAGGAGAACGAACUGCUGGGCGGCUUUCAAAUUGAUCUAUGUAAAUACGAUCUGCGUAAGGAACUGAUCGAUUGGUUUCGACUCGGUCCGAUGACCAGAAAUUGAGGCACACAAAGUAUACACAAUGUCAAAUGAAAGUAAAAGUGUUACUAUAACUGUACAUUCAACGCACGGCAACUAUGUAGUUCGCCGCCCCAGCAGAAAUAUGCAAAGAGUUUUGUGAAAACUAAUUGCAAGGCAACUGUAUUUCUUCCGCACACGCAUACAUACAUAUAAGCACUACUCUACAGGGAUGCACAUUAGGGAUAGAGUAAAAGUUACGCAUAUUCAUAUGCGAACUUAUUGAAAUAAAUACAAACAUAUACACAUACGUAGUAUAAAUACGAAGCAGCUUGGCAGCCAGUAAGCAGUAAUCAGUAAUCAGUAAUCGGGUUCUAAAAGAAACGACAUUACAUAAAAGCGUACAUACAUACAUAUACAUAAAUAUAUUUUUAUAAAUAACUUUACUUAAAUGCGUUGACUGCUCGACGAUUUUCUCUCUGCGCUACAGCACUUAUGAAAUGAACAUUCCAAACUAAGCAUAUGGUAAUGAGAAAGAAAUAAAAACACAAAAAAAAA